UUGUGAACGUUUGGAGUCUUCAGUUGAUAAGUGGAUACGGCGCGAGUAAGCGGUACGUUACGUUAAGCAUGUUUUGGCUAGUCACGCUACUGGUCGGGUACUUGGGUUAUCUGCUGCUCAGGUACCAUCGACAGCGAGCGAAGCUGCUCGCUAUACGGGCCAAGUUUGGUGGGCCCGAGUCGGACUACUUUCUGGGCACGUUUAAAAUGUUUAAAAACAAAAGCAUUCCAGAUAUCUUCGACAUUGUGAUAGGACUUCACAAACGCUACGGACAAGAUCUGGCGAUUAUUGGUGCGUUCAAUGAUCUGGUGCUGGAUCUUUCCAGCUCGAAGAACGUGGAGAAGAUUCUGUUGGCGAAAACCACCAGGAAGUCGUUCGUGUACGAUUAUCUGGAACCGUGGCUGGGCACAGGGUUGCUGAUCUCGUUCGGUGAGAAGUGGUUCCAGCGGCGCAAGAUUAUAACACCGGCGUUCCAUUUCAAGAUACUGGAUCAGUUUAUGGAUGUGUUUAACGAGGAAGCGGACGUGUUGGUGUCAAAGUUGGAGAAACACGAUGGCAAGGGAGAGUUUGACAUUUACGACUACGUUACGCUGUACGCGCUGGAUAGUAUUUGUGCAACAUCAAUGGGAGUUCGCAUCCAUGCUCAGGAUGAUCCGAACAACGAGUACGCUCAGGCCGUGAAGCAGAUGAGCGUCUUCUUCCUGCGUCGCGUAUUCAGCCUGUUGCGUCAGUUCCCCUCACUGUUCUUCCUGUACCCGUUCGCCCGAGAGCAGGGACGGGUGAUCAAGAAGUUGCAUAACUUCACCAACAACGUCAUCGAAAGUAGACGAUCACAGCUCGAGCAGGAACAGCGUCUCGGAAACGUAGAGUUCGACGUGAAUGAAGACGAUCUUUACUCGAAGCGUCGGAACACUUUCCUCGAUCAGCUGCUGAAGGUGUCGAUCGAUGGUAAACCGCUCAGCACGGCUGACAUUCGCGAGGAGGUGGAUACGUUCAUGUUCGAGGGACACGAUACGACAACGUCAGGCAUUUCGUUCACCAUCCUUCAUCUCGCCAAGCACCAGGAUGUGCAGCAGAGACUGUACGAAGAAAUUGACCGAAUGUUGGGAGAUGAUAAGCGGAAAGCUCCACUGUCGAAUGCAAUGCUGCAAGACUUCAAGUAUCUCGAUAUGGUGAUAAAGGAAUCGCUGAGGCUCGUUCCACCGGUGCCAAUCAUUGGACGGAAGCUGUUGGAGGACAUGGAGAUCAACGGCACCAUCAUCCCGGCGGGCACAUCGAUUUCAAUCAAAAUCUUCAACAUCCACCGCAACCCGGUCAUCUUUCCCGAUCCGGAGCGGUUCGAUCCGGAACGGUUUUCGGAAGCGAACGAAAUCAAGCGCGGCCCGUACGACUACAUCCCGUUCAGUGCCGGGUCAAGAAACUGUAUUGGACAGCGGUACGCACUGCUGGAGAUGAAGGUAACGAUCGUGAAGCUGCUGGCGAGCUACCGGAUCUUGCCGGGCGAGUCGGUCGGGCGUAUCCGGUACAAGACGGACCUGGUGAUACGGCCGACCGAGGGCAUCCCGGUGAAGCUGGUGAAACGUGCGUGAUUGACGUGUUGAAGUGAUGGAGUACCGUGUUGGUUAGUGAGUGUGUGUGUGUGUGUGGUUGAAAUGUACUUAGAGAGGAGAAGCUUUGGUUCGAACCAGAAAAAAGAUUUCCGGACAGCAGAAAAAAUAGGUGAUAAUUAAUUAGAUGCUUUGUUUUUCAUGUGUAGGUUGUACAAUACUAAGAGAGACCUUUGUUUAGAUAAAAUAAAAUAAAUAGAUGAGGACUCCUUAAAGUUGAGUGAUUUUAUUAUCAUACUUCCAUCUUUGCUUUCAUUUUCUGCGAAUUGCAUAUGAAUAGGCGUAUUUGAGACAGGUAAAUUUGAGAGAGCUUAAAAAAGCGAGCCUGAAAGUAUGCAAUCUGCAACACCAAAUGCUUCUCCCACGACUAAUAGUAACAAACAAACGCUUAAAUGCAUGCUUUUGCGGAGCAUUUGAGCGAAUAUUCAACGGAAAUGAAUAGAGAAGUUAGAAAUAAUCAAUAAAAUCGUGCAAUAUUUACACAACG